AUGGCAUCCAACGUACCUCUUGUGGAAAUCGACCUGCAAGGUUCCCUCAAGCGCGUUGCUUCAGGGAAAGUUAGAGACCUCUUUGAGAUUGAUGAACACACUCUACUGUUUGUUGCCAGCGACCGCAUAUCUGCAUAUGAUGUGAUCAUGCGCAAUGGAAUCCCCCAGAAGGGUGCUCUGCUCACACAAAUGUCAUCCUUCUGGUUUUCAUACCUAUCCCGAGUCGAACCAAGCCUACAAACUCACUUCCUCGCCUCCGAUCUGCCCGCUGCGGUCACAUACAAGCUCUCUCCUGAUUCCGUAGCUAUGCUGUCUAAACGAAGCAUGCAAGUCCGCCGCCUCAAGCCUUUUGCUCUUGAGAGUAUCGUGCGAGGAUACAUCACCGGCUCCGCCUGGUCCGAAUACAAGUCAAGAGGCACAGUGCAUGGCAUUAAAGUCUCUGGCCCAGGGGGUGCAAUCCUUCGCGAAGGGGACAAGUUUGACAAGCCGAUUUGGACGCCCAGCACCAAGGCGGAACUAGGCGACAAAGACGAAAACAUCCACCCGGACCAAGCAAAAGAUAUCGUGGGUGCAGAGUACGCAAAGGCAAUCGAAGAGCUAUCUUUGGCCCUAUAUACUGCAGCUCAUGAGUAUGCACUCACCAAAGGCAUUAUCAUCGCCGAUACCAAGUUCGAAUUCGCAGCUGCCCCUGAGACGUCCUCCGCAGAACCCAAGAUUGUCCUUAUAGAUGAAGUUCUUACACCGGAUAGCUCCCGGUUUUGGCCACUGAGCGAGUAUAAGCCGGGUGGCGCACAGCCUAGUUUCGACAAACAGUUUCUGCGCGAUUGGCUCACGAGUGAAGGGCUAAAAGGAAAAGAAAGUGUUACCAUGCCCGACCACGUAGUGAGACAAACCGGAGAGAAGUACCAGGAAGCAUUUGUGAAGCUGACUGCAGAAUGA